GUCCCUCCUGCACACACCCUGGGAUGCGGGGACCUGGGGGCGAGCUAGCCGGUCCGGCGUGGAGGGGCGGGGCGGGCACGUGUCCUCCGGCCACCCCUCCGCCACGUGACCCGCCCAGGGCAGGGGCGGGGCGGCCGGGCCCGGGUGCGAGCGGCGCCGGCGGGCUGCGGCGGGGACGCUGGGUGCAGGCAUGUGGAGCGGCCACCCCCAGCCGGAAGAGGCCCCACCGUCCCCUCUCACAGCCACCCCCUGGAAGAACACCGGGCCCUGCAGGAGCCAGCGGGAGGCGCCUGGAGGCCUGGCAGAGAGCCAAGCGGCGGAGGAAGCGGGAGACGAGCCCCUGGUGGCCCCCCAGCUGGACAUGGCGCGCCUGCGCAGCUCCUCCAUGGAGAUCCGCGAGAAGGGCUCGGAGUUCCUGAAGGAGGAGCUGCGCAAAGCACAGACGGAGCUGAAACUGAAGGAUGAGGAGUGUGAGCGGCUAUGCAGGGUGCGGGAGCAGCUGGAGCGUGAGCUGGAGGAGCUGACGGCCAGCCUUUUCGAGGAAGCCCACAAGAUGGUGCGAGAAGCCAACGUGAAACAGGCGGCCUCAGAAAAGCAGCUGAAGGAGGCGUGGGGCAAGAUCGACAUGCUGCAGGCAGAGGUGACCGCCCUGAAGACGCUGGUCAUCACGUCCACACCCGCCUCCCCCAACCGUGAGCUCCACCCACAGCUGCUGAGCCCCAGCAAGGCUGGGCCCCGCAAGGGCCACACGCGUCACAAGAGCAGCAGCAGCGCCCUCUGCCCUGCCUUGUGCCCGGCCGCCGGGCACCUCCUCCCCACAGACAAGGAGGGCCGAGAGCCCGGGCCCCCCCUGCUCCUGUCCUUGCUCCUCUGUGUGGUCCCCAGCAGGGCCGCUCACCUCACCUACGAGCCAGCUUGGCAGCUCCCACUCGGGGAGCCACCCAGGGUCCCCACAUCCUCCACCUCCCUCUCCUUAUUCCAACAGGUGGACACAAUCCUGUUUGCUGAGUUCCAGGCCUGGCGGGAGUCACCCAUGCUGGACAAGACGUCGCCCUUCUUGGACCGCGUGUACCGUGAGGAUGUGGGGCCCUGCCUGGACUUCACCAUGCAUGAGCUCUCGGCGCUGGUGCGGGCGGCCGUGGAGGACAACACGCUCACCAUCGAGCCUGUGGCCAUGCAGACCCUGCCUACCAUGAGGGUGACAGCGCUGGACCCAGCUAGCACCCACACUUGCGCCCUCAGCGGACUGGCCCGCACCUGCCGUCACCGCAUCCGGCUGGGGGACUCUGAGAGCCACUACUACAUCUCCCCGUCCUCCCGGGCCAGGAUCACAGCUGUGUGCAACUUCUUCACCUAUAUUCGCUACAUCCAGCAGGGCCUGGUGCGGCAGGAUGUGGAGCCCAUGUUCUGGGAGAUCAGCCGGCUGCGGAGGGAGAUGUCUCUGGCCAAGCUGGGCUUCUUCCCCCAGGAGGCCUAACUUGGGGCCGACACCUGCCCACCAUGGACAGACAGACAGGAAGCCAGGAUCCUAGGGCCAGCGGACACCCAGCCAGGCCACGGAGGCCGCUCGAGCCAGACACCCAUCAUGAGAUCUCAGAAGGGAGGCUGCCGUGCUCGCCGGCUCAGUGACACUGCAGCACCAGGAGGCCAUUGGGAACGCACCCCAGAGCAUUCAGGCACUCAGCUGUCUGCACCCUUGGUGGGAGAUCCUGGGCCUGUCAGCAGCAUCCUCCGGUCCUGGGGUGGCUACCUGUAGGUGCCUUGUUGCUACAGAAAGGGAUUGUACCUGGUGACCAUUUCUCUAGGGUGUGUGUCCCUCCCACAAUGCCCCCCCCAAGCCUUGGACUACCAUCACCCCUCCCACAAUGCCCCCCCAAGCCUUGGACUACCAUCACCCCUCCCACAAUGCCCCCCCAAGCCUUGGACUACUAUCACCCCCUGGGGCACUAGGAUGAACCCAGCGGGCAGUGAGGCUGGAGGGCCUGGCAGGGCAGCUGCCAUUCUCGCCCGUGCCAGUCCAGGGAACUGUACUCUCAUCACCUCUGGAAGGACAGGACUCUCGCCCCCCCCCCCCCCCCAUCAGAUAAAGCUCAGUCUGAUCUGAUGAUGGAGGUGGACCUUUGCCAGGCCCUACACCCAGGACCGGGGUGAGGCAGGCCCCUCCUCACCACUCCCAGCCCACAGGGACGGGGGUCCGGCCUGGAUACAUCCCUCACCACGUCUGAUCGCCUCCUCUGAGUGGAAUGUAACGUGAUCUCUCUCUAAUAAAGGGCAGCUUUGUUGGUGGAGACUGGGCAGCCAUGCGCCCUCACUCCUGCGUCCCGGGGCCCAGGGCCAAGGCUUGGGCAUCCACCCGAAGGAAUGAAACCAAAUCCACCUCGUGCUGGAGAUUAAGCCCAAAUCCCACAGGAGUAGCGGUGGCUAGCAUCCCUGGAGCCUGCCCUGGAUUCUGUAGGGCUGUGGGUUGCAAGGGACGAGGCCAGUGGCUUCCUGACCACGGGAGUGGGGCCUGGGCAUUGCCUCUGCCAGUCUCCUUGCCUGGGGCAAAGAAAGCCUGAGGCUCAGAAUCACAAAGCACAGAGGCUAUCAGGUGGAUUAGUGAGGUCUGCCUGUGGCUGUGGCAGGGACUUUCUCAGCCCAGGUCUUGUAUCUACAUAUUUUUUUUCUCAUGCUUGUGCAAUCCCAUUGCUCCAGGGCCAACUUUUCCACUCUUCCUAUUUCAGAUGAAAUAAAGGGAGGUGUGUGCUGGCGAGACAGAAUAAUGGUUAUACAAAAACAUUCCCAUGCCUGAGGUUCUGAGGUCUCAGGUUCGAUCCCCCCAGCACCACCAUGAGCUAGAGUUGAGCAGUGCUCUGGUCAGCCUCUCUAUAUCUUUCUCUUUGUAUCUCUUUUUCAUUAAAAAUAAAUAAUGUUUAAGUUU